GCUCUCUCUCCUCCAUGUUUGUUUACAUUGAGCCAGUCUACACGCGAAAGUGUCCGUGCUCAUCUAAAGUGUGUUCAACCCGCUUCUGUUCCGCGUUCACGACCCACUGUCUGAGAAAGCAUCAGCGCCCGGAGCUCCAGAGGAGGAUGAGCAGAGAGCAGCAGCUGUCAUCAGUGUGAAGAUCUUCACCAUGCCUCAGACUCGCCACAGCAGAAGAAGACAUGGAGAGAAAUACAAACACACACACCUGACUCCAGAUCAGCCUGCACAAACAGAAACAAACACACACCUGACUCCAGAUCAGCCUGCACAAACAAAAACAAACACACACUUUACUCCAGAUCAGCCUCCAGAAGCAGACACACACUCACAUCUGACCCCAGAUCAGCCUCCAGAAGCAGACACACACUCGCAUCUGACCCCAGAUCAGCCUCCAGAAGCAGACACACACUUGCAUCUGACCCCAGAUCAGCCUCCAGAAGCAGACACACACUUGCAUCUGACCCCAGAUCAGGGUCCAGAAGCAGACACACACUCACACUCACAUCUGACCCCAGAUCAGCCUCCAGAAGCAGACACACACUUGCAUCUGACCCCAGAUCAGCGUCCAGAAGCAGACACACACUCACACUCACAUCUGACCCCAGAACAGCAUCCAGAAGCAGACACACACUCACAUCUGACCCCAGAUCAGCCUCCAGAAGCAGACACACACUCGCAUCUGACCCCAGAUCAGCCUCCAGAAGCAGACACACACUCGCAUCUGACCCCAGAUCAGCCUCCAGAUGACUGCGCUGGAGAAGAGCAGAGGCAGAAAGACAGUGACUGUGCUUCACCUGCUGGAAACACUGAGAGUCGGUUGAAGAUAACUGUAGAGAAGCGCAAGACGAGUCCAUACUUCAGCAGGAGGAGUGAAGCUGUGCGCCAGCCAAGGCGUAAGGUCUUCAGGAAGUGGACUCCUCCUCGCUCUCCCUUUCGGCUGGUGCAGGAGACGCUCUUCCACGACCCCUGGAGACUCCUGGUGGCCACUAUAUUCCUCAACAAGACCAAUGGGCGUGUGGCUCUGCCGGUGCUGUGGGAGUUUCUGGAGUGUUACCCCAGUGCUGCAGUGACCCGCGCGAGUGACUGGCGCCCCCUGUCUGUGCUGCUGCAGCCGCUGGGACUCAGCCAACUGAGAGCCAAAACACUCAUACGCUUCUCUGAUGAGUACAUCAGUAAAUCAUGGAGAUACCCCAUCGAGCUGCACGGUAUCGGUAAAUACGGCAACGACUCGUACCGCAUCUUCUGUGUGGACGAGUGGAGAGAGGUCACUCCAGAUGAUCAUAAACUCAACGAUUACCACGCCUGGCUCUGGAAAAACCACAAACAAUUAGGAAUCUGAUUGAGUGAAUCUGAUCUUUUAAUAAACUAUAAUGUGUGCAGCGCCACAGGUCAGUCACUGAUCCAUCAACUCUUUCUUGGCUUGUUUGUUUCAUCUUCAUCAUGUUUGUUCAGUAUUUGCAGGAAAAUCUUCAUGUUUAAAGAUAUUAAUAAAUGAGAUUUCUAUCUUUCCUACAUGCUGUGGGCCUGUCUGUGAGAUGACCGCAGGAUUCACUUCUGUACAGUAUUUUCUGAGAGAUACAAGAUGUUUAUGUUAAUAUGUAUUAAGUAAAAUAAAUUACUACAAAAUCUA